GGACUUCAAUGUUUUGAAUCACCUUUAAAUGGAGCACAAAGAUGAUGAUGAUGAUGAUGUAUCUUUUGCCAAAUGGAUGAGCAGCUUCUGGGGUCACAGCUGGAGAGAGGAGGAUGAGAGAGGACCCCGGGAACACCACCGACCACAAGACGCCAGUUACAGGAAAACCUCCCUGCCCUGCCCAUUUCCUAUGCUUCCCAGAAUGACAUCAUGUGACCACCAACCUCGAAGGCAUUCUCAUGAGGAUCAGGAAUUCCGAAACUGUGCUCACAUGCGAUAUUACAGGAAAUGCUCAGUGGAUGGGUCACUCAAGGAGUCACUGGAAUCAAAAGGGAGCUCUCAUUCCAAAAUUCAGGAGUUUUCAGAGUCCUUUGAACAGCAACUGUGCUUUAAAACCAAACACUCUGUCUCUCUGGGACCUGAGAGCAGAAAGGAAAGAAAUGAGAGAGAAUGUCUGAGGAUGGAGAUAAGAUCCCGCAAGAAGGUGGAAGAAGGAAGGAGCUCAGCCAAGGAAGAACCCCGAGAGGUAUCCAUGGCCUCUCUGGUUGAAAAAGGGCCGGAGUAGUUCUUUAUUUUUAUGUUGUGAUGACGGGCGCCACUGGUUGUUUUGGGCCCAGUUCACCAUUCCAGGAGGGCAGGAUGGCAGCUGCAAAAGGGCAUCCCAGAUGCUGAGUGACAGAGGUGGGCGGUUGGAAUGGGGCUCCUCAAGACGACUUGCGUCACCCUCCAACUGCUUCUGGCAUCUUGCUGGAGUGUAAUCUGCUUUCUUGCCUUUUCAUGGGAAUAAAAGGUAUUUUAAUAGAGUAAA